CGGACUGAACGUUUUUGGGGUUCCCCGUUUCCUGUCUCCUCCGUCUUUUAGUGCAUUCUCCCUUGGCGUCUCCCAAUUUUGACUUGCAAUCUGCUAGCCGUUAGGUUAGCUAUUUGCGGCGUCCACUCUGCUGGGUAAAUCGAAGUUUUGUGCUCUUGCUUAUUUGUUUAUCUAAUGCCAGCGAGUUCAGCUUGUUUCGGUGCUUUCAAUAUGUCACAAAAAUCAUAGUUUCAUAAGUUGUCUCUCUUAUCAAAAAAAACUUUUUCAAUUCAAAUUUGGCUUUGUGCUUCUUCGAGAACUGUCAGUAUAUGCAGUGUUUGUGACAUCUCGAUAUCAAAUACUUUUCCAAGCACGCCGCAACCCCGAGGGCAUACAGAAUAUUGUUCAAGAUGAGUAUUGUCCAAUCAAACCGUCCAUGGUGGAAGAAUGCCACAGUCUACCAGAUAUACCCGGCUAGUUUUCAAGACUCCAAUGGUGAUGGAUUUGGAGAUUUGCGUGGAAUCCUCUCCCGGCUCGAUUAUUUGCGCGACUUGGGAGUAGACGCAAUUUGGGUUUGCCCCUUUUACGACAGUCCACAAGAUGAUUUGGGGUACGAUGUUCGCAACUACGAGGACGUAUACCGACCAUACGGGACAGUAGCCGAUGUGGAAGCCCUAAUCGAAGGGUGCCAUGAGCAGGGGAUGCGUUUCAUUACUGACUUGGUCAUCAACCACACCUCGGACCAGCACGAGUGGUUCAAGGAGUCACGGUCUUCGAAAGAUAAUCCGAAGCGGACUUGGUAUCAUUGGCAUCCAGGUCGGAUUAUCGAUGGAAAACGAGUUCCGCCAAAUAACUGGCGGUCCUCUUUCAAAGGCAGCGCCUGGCAGUGGGAUGAGUUGACACAGGAGUACUACUUGCAUCUCUUUGGCAAGAGCAUGCCCGACCUGAAUCAUGAGAAUUCAGAUCUUCGUCAGGCUGUCUACAAUAGCGCCAUUCGCUUCUGGCUGGAAAAGGGCGUUGACGGGUUUCGUAUAGACACCAUGACCAUCUACGGAAAAUCGCCAGGAUACCCAGAUGCGCCCGUCGUUGACGAGUCUCAGCCAUGGCAACCAGGAGGACCCUGCUAUCGCAACAAAGAUCGCACGUACCAGGUGCAUCGUGAGAUUCAUGAUCAGCUGCUUUCCAAUUACGGCGGAGCUCAAAAGCUGAUUACUGUUGGCGAGUUUGGAUCCAUUUCCGAUCUCGACCUGGCGCUCAAAUAUGUCAGCGCAAAGGAGUGUCGAAUCGGCAUGGGAUUACAGUUCGAGACAGUCUUACUGGGCUUUGACAUGUGCCAGUUUGACUUGAGCCCCUUCACUCUCGCUGACUUUAAGAGGACACACGCCAAAUGGCAGCAGUUCAUCGAGGGAACCGACGGGUGGACGUCGGUCUUUCUCGAAAACCACGAUAUCCCUCGCUCCAUCACUCGCUUUGGCAGUGACGCUCCUGAGUUCCGGGAGCGCUCAGCAAAGAUGUUGGCGACCUUCUGUGCAACUUCCACUAGCACCUUAUUCAUCUAUCAAGGCCAAGAAAUCGCCAUGACCAAUGUGCCCAAGGAGUGGCCGAUUGAAGAAUACAAGGACCAGAAUACACAAAACUACUGGAAUCAGUUGAAAGCCGAAGGCGCGGAUGAAAAACGUCUUGCGAAUGCCAUGGCCAACAUUCAAAAGCUAGCUCGUGAUAAUUCCCGGACGCCAAUGCAAUGGAGCGGCUCGGCCCAUGCUGGUUUCACUACACCAGAGGCAGAGCCUUGGAUGCGAGUCAAUGAUGACUAUUCAAAGUAUAAUGUUGCAUCCCAACAGAACGACCCAAAUAGCGUUCUGUCGUUCUACAGAUUGGUCCUAGCCCUACGCAAAAAGUACAUCGAUCUCUUUGCUGCAGGCACAUUUUCACUUGUCGACGAAGAAAACCACAAGACCGUGGUCUUUGUCAAGAGGUUUCAUGACCAAGCUGCUCUGGUCGUUUGUAACUUUACUUCCUCCUCCGUCGCAUACUCCGUCCCUGAAGAAUUUCAUUCGAUAGAGCCCUUGCUUUCAAAUGUCGAUACGAGUAGCCCCGGGGCUCUAGCUCCGUAUGAAGCCAGGGUCCAUGUCAAAGGUUAG